GGCAGGCUCGGUUCGAGUCUCAACGGAACGUCAGAUACGUGUACGGCGAAGUGCGGUCGACUCGUCGAUGCGCAGCUGUCCCGCAGCGCUUGUCAAUUUUUAGUUUUUCCGGAACGCGUGUGUAAAUAAACAAAUUAUAAUUUUUCAUUACAAUAUUAUGAAGUGAAACUGAAGUUUGUUUAAUUAUCGUGCCGAUUCAAAGUGGAGCGUUUUGAAUGAAUCUGUAACCGUUUCUCGCAAUGACAACGGAGAGCACUCGGUUACCUCUUGAGAAACCGGAGGCAUUAAAAUGUUUCAUGUGGUCUAAUUGAUGCCAUUUUUUACAUUAAUAAGUGUAUACGUUGUUAUAAGGACUAUUGUGAUUCGUUUAGUGACGCUUUGAGUUGUAACCGUUUCGAUUUCGACUCGGUCGGUAGUCGUCUACACGUUUUAAAAAUGAGUGUUUUAAGUGGUUUGAGUAAAGCUGACUUCAAAACUGCCAGUGAUGGACUGCUGGAGCUGCCCGAGGAACGGCUCCGCAGCCUCAUGCGCACAGAGCCCAUCACCUCCGUCUAUCACGUCGAACAGACACCCUUUGCAAGGGGCAAGUUCGCGUCAGUUCGCAAGAUUCGCCACUUAGUAUCAGGAGAAGAGUACGCGGCAAAGAUCAUUCGCAAGCGGAGACGCGCGGCAGACACGACGCGCGAGAUCCUACACGAGGUGGCCGUGCUCGACCUCUGCGCGGAGUGCACGCGCGUCGUCAGUCUACACGAGGUAUACGAAACCCGUUCGGAAGUGGCGAUUGUAUUAGAAUUAUGUGCUGGCGGAGAACUGCAGCGUCUCCUUGACGAAGAAGAUCGUCUGUCCGAGGGAGCGGCGCGACGGGCCCUGCGCCACGUACUAGAGGGGCUGGCACACUUACACGCGCGCCGGGUCGCUCACCUGGACCUCAAGCCACAGAACCUACUACUCACAGCCGGCGGAGAAGAACUACUUAUAUGUGACUUCGGUAUCAGUCGCGCUAUACAGCCCGGAGCACACGUCCGGGAGAUAUUAGGCACAAGGGACUAUGUUGCCCCUGAAAUUCUAUCGUACGAGCCCCUCUCGCUAGCCGCAGACAUCUGGUCAGUUGGCGUGCUGGCGUACGUCCUCCUUAGUGGGUACUCCCCGUUCGCGGGCGAGACCAAACAGGAGACCUACCUCAACAUAGCACAGUGCCAGCUCAGCUUCCCCAAGGACCUGUUCCGAGGAGUCUCGCAGAGGGCCAUACAGUUCAUCCAGGAGACGCUAGUUGUUGAUCCUAAGGGUCGUCUUACAGUGGAAGAGUGCCUGGAGCACCCCUGGUUGAAAGACGAGGCGAACUUGCCGCGUGCGAUCGUGGGCGUUGGGUUUGACGCCGAGCUCGCCAGCGACCCCGACGCGGACGGGGACGACGACGACAACCACGACAACCUCAACGCCGUCAACGGAGUUAACGGCGUUAAUGGCGUUAACGGAGUUAACGGGUGUAACGGCGUUAACGGCGUGAACGGGGUCAAUGGUGUAAACGGUCACAACGGCGUCAACGGCUGUAAUGGGACCAACGGGUCACAUGAUGAUGAAAAAGAAUCAUCAGAGUCCCGGCCAUCCUCGGCACAGGGGCGCGAGGAGUGCGAGGAGCGCGACAAGCCACUGAAGCAUGCGCACGCGCGCGACGUGUCUCCCCCCUUCCCCGACGCCCCCUCCACGCCUAAGGUGUCGCGCAAGUCGGCCCCGCCGCACGCGCCGUCGGUGCUGGCGCUGUGCAAGAAGUUCCAGCCGGACUACGAGAAGCCGGCCAAGCUGUCGCUGGCGGCGCACGAGUGCGGCGCCGACUGUACGUGCCGCGCCCUGCGGCCCCGCGCCGUGCUCUGCUAGCUGUGGCUGUGCUGCGGCAAGCCGUGGCUAGCUGUGACUAGCUGUGACUAGCCGUGGCUAGCUGUGCCUAGCUGUGGCCAGCUCUGCCUAGCUGUGGCUAGCCGUGGCCGGGUUGCUCUGUCUCUGUACAUAUAGGCUAAGUGUCGCCAGACAGUUGUAUAUUUGUUUAGCGAGCGCCCCGGUCGCGGGGACACAGGUUCACAGCCGACCGCGGCGCUCCCCCGACGGUACAAAAUGCAUAAUGAUGCGCCCGCGCACUCCCUGCGCUUGUAUAUGUGUAAGUGGUAGAGUUGGCACUGCCGAUACAAGAUACUGAGUAUCGCGGCACUGUAUACAGUAUGGGGCAGUGGUGUACAUAGGGCGGCGCGGAGCCGCGACUUAGAUAAUGAUGUGUCGACCACAGUUAUAUUGUAGCGUCUAAGUGUUCAAAUGGUUUAACAGAUGAUGUACGUUGUAUGUUAGCCGGAGCGGUAUAGAUUAUAUUGCCGAUAUGUUCGAGUGUUGGGACCAAAAUUUUCUAACGUAGGAGAAACGAUUCCAUAUCGGUGUAGUUGUUGUCUUGUACAAUAUUCAAAUUUUAUCACCGUGUGUGACCGUUUACGGGAUGUUGCUUGUAGGUAAUUAAAUUGUUUAUGAAUGUCAUGAGCUCAAAUCUUGCGACUUAAUUUUCUUUGUAAAUGUGCUUAGAUGAAGAAAGUUCAUCGAGUGUAGUUAAUUCAUCCUCCAUACUGAAAAUAUUUUCAUAUUAUUGUAUUGUAUACUAUUGUUUUCAUCCAUUUGAAUUCAUUUUAAUCAUUUUGUUCAACUAAACUCGAAGAUCCAUUACCUUUAAAAGCUGUUGUGAUCAAUAACUCAUUUGUAAAAAAUAAAUUAUUGUGAUAUAAAAAUA